UCUACCCGUUCCAACUCUGCAUCGAUCCCUACGAACCCUAACCCCUCCUCCCCCUCCUCGUCGUCGUCGUCCCCAAUUAGAUCGAUCGAUCGAUCGAUCGGAGAGAGAGAGGAGAGAGAAAAAGGACAGCGAGAGCCAUGGAGGAGAUCAUCGCCCUCGUCCUUAGCAUGCUUCUCGUCGUCGCCAUAGUCCCCCUCCUCUGGUGGCGGCGUCGGCAGAUCGCGCGGUCGCCGCACGAGCACGAGGGAGAGCCCCAGCCGCAGAUGGAAGAACGAGUAGUACGCCCUGCUGGUGCCCGCCGUAUGCGCCGGAGACCAGCCGCCGCAAGUUCAUCCGCUGCUUCAACCAGCUUCGAUGAAGCUGUUGUUGAAAGUGAUGAAGAAGCUCCUGAGGAAAAUUAUGUGGCUAGGGCAUCAAAGAAGAAGGAAAAGAAAAGACAAGAGCGUGAAGCUCAGCGCCAGGCUGAGGAAGCAGCACGUGAAUCAAGAAAAACUAAGCAAGAUCGUUAUGCGGACAUGCGGAGGAAAAAGGAUGAAGAGCGUGAAGCACAAGAUCGUUUAAUGGAAGAAGAAGCCCUAGCUCGGAAGGCCAAGGAGGAGGAGGCUGCUGCUUUAGAGUUUGAGAAGUGGAAAGGGGAAUUUUCUGUUGACGCUGAAGGUACAACAGAGAAUGAGAUGCAAGAUGAGGGUCAGGGUUUACUUUUUAAUUUUGUGGAAUACAUUAAGAAAGAGAAAUGUGUUCCUCUUGAGGACCUUGCAGCAGAAUUCAAGCUACGGACUCAGGACUGCAUCAAUCGAAUAACAAAUUUGGAAAGCAUGGGGAGAUUAUCUGGUGUGAUGGAUGAACGAGGGAAAUACAUAUACAUCUCAGAGGAUGAAAUGAAGGCCGUUGCAGACUACAUUAAAAGGCAAGGAAGAGUCAGUAUAUCCCAUCUAGCAAGCAAGUCGAACCAGUUCAUCGAUUUGGAGCCCAAGCCUCAAAUCAAUGAACUCAACUCAGAAGGGAUUGCUGUUGCAUAGAAACUCCUCGAAUUCAAAAGUUGCUUUUUCCAAAAACCAUGGUCGAUUUUGAGUACCCAAAGCCUUAUAUCGCUGUAGCGUGGAAUGAUUUCCACGAGAGGUGAGCUUUAUCGAUUGACCUUAAUCUCAUUAUCUCUCCUCUUUUCUUAUCUGAAUUUGUAAAAUCCUAAUUGCAACUUUCUUCCUAAAUGGGAAAAAUACACUAGAUGAGUUAUACGGCAGCUUCGUUACCUCUGCAUCACUUAGCUUAUGUCUUAAAUUGUAGUUGUGUAGAUAGAAGAUCUUCCAUGUUCUUGUGUGGUAUGAUUGUUUAAGAUAAAUCUGAUGUUACUAAUUUACUUUUAUAGAGACAUAAAUUUUAAUGGAAUGCGAGUAAUUUUGGUAAACCA